AUGGGUGACCGGAGUGGUGGCGCAGGCGGCGGCGGUGACUGGAUCACAUAUCCGUCACUCACCGCGACCAACUACACUAGUUGGAGCAUUCGCAUCCAGGCGAUCAUGGAGGACCAGGGGGUGUGGGAGAUCAUGGAGCCGUCGGGGGAGUCGUUAGAGCAGGGUGCGACGGCGGCAGCGGCGGUGAAGGCGAAGGACAAGAAGGCUCGGGCGCACUUGCUUCAGUGCUUGCCUGAUGAUCUCUUGAUGCCAGUCGCGGCGAAUAAGACCGGGAAGGAGGUCUGGGACUCGUUGAAGGCAAGAUUCGUCGACGAGGAGUGUGUCAGGGAGGCGUGGUUGCUUUCACUGAAGAGUGAAUUCGAUGCCAUGAGGAUGGAGUCGACCCGUUCAGUACGCCGGGCGGUUGACGGGGAUGUCAGUCCGUUCUAUGACCUCAAGAAUCUGGCAUUCGAGGAGGCGGUUGGCCAGCUGAAGGCGUAUGAAGAGCGCACCAGGCGGGGAGCGGGUGCCGCGGUGAAGUCUGACACCGGUCAAGUGUUGUUGACGCAGGCCGAGUGGGAGGCUCGGCAGAAGCGGGCAGCUAGGGAAGCGUCCGGGAAGAGCCGAUCGCAGGAGAGCGGCGGUGGUAGUCGUGGUCAUGGGCGAGGUCACGGUGGCAGCAGUGGUGGUCGCGGUGGACAAGGCGACAUGGCAAAGGAUGGUGCUGGCAAACGUGACAAGUGUCACAUCAAGUUUUUCAAGUGCCACAAAUACGGACACUAUGCAAAUAGGUGUCCGGGAGAGGAGAAGAAGGAGGAAGCUCAUCAUGCCAGCGUGGUGGAGUAUGAGUCCACGGUGUUGCUCUCAGAAACGGAUUUGCUGGGGAUGCUUGAGCACCCAUCUUCAGAUAGCCUGUUGUCGGACGGCUUCACUAAAGAUGUUAGUGGAGAAGGAGAUGGCAGGGGGAUACCUCUGAUAGAACACCCUGAUCAGGUUUCCAGGUGGAGAGCAGAUGAACCACUUGAAUUGUUACACAUUGAUUUGUGUGGGCCUAUUACUCCAGAGACUGCAGGAGGCAUUUUAGUCCUGAAAACAAAGGACCAAGCUAGUGAUGCAUUUGCUAAGUUCAAGGCAGAAGCAGAAAAUAGCUUGGGUCACAAGGUGAAGUGUGUGAGAUCAGAUAGAGGAGGUGAAUUCUUGGUAGUUGCUUUCAAGGAUAUCUAUGAGCAAGCAGAGUUUGUGAUUGAUGAGACUGUGGGAGUAACAGCUCAGCAGUGGGAUGGUGGUGUAGCUGGUGGAAAUAACCAGGAUGACCAUAUACAUGAUGAUUCAGGGGGAGCAUCUAGAGGAGUGCAAGAUACAGGUGAUGUAGAGAAUUCAGUUCAGCAUGGGACUAGAGCAUUGUCUGACACAGUUCAUAGUCUGGCAACAGAUGCAAAAAAUUCUGUGAAUCAUGGAGCAGGCUUAGAUCAAGGGGAUGUGGAUGACAACAUGGAUGUUGAUCAUGAUGAUGGACCAAUGAGGUUCAGGAGGCUAAAUGAUGUGUAUCAAGACUCUGUGGAAGUGGAUUUAGCUUCAGACAUAGAAGUUGAGACAAAUGCUUUGUUAGCAGUGAUGGAACAGCCAACAUGCUAUCAAGAGGCAGCUAGAAAUGAUAACUGGAUGGCAGUUAUGGACAGCUAUGCCAAGGUGAAACUGGUGGAGAUGAGGCACCUUCUCGGUGUCCGUGACCUUGAGGAGCAUCAAGCUUAA